AGGGAUUCCAGAUACUAAGAAAAGCGGAUCUUGUUCUUAGUUCCCAAUGUGAGAUUUCUUCUAGUCUUUAUAUCUGGUCAAUUUUGGUGUACCAACUCUCAAAACUGGGGAUAUCUGAGUCAUCUAAAUUUUUCCACGUUUAAACCUGAUUGAAUCAUUUCGUUAGAAUGGGCCAAAUGCAAACAGCUGCAUCUAAAACUGGAAAAGCUACUGAUUAUAUUAACAUCUCUGAUCAUCGGUGUAAUGGGAAGUUAAAUGGGAAGAUCAAAAAUAGUGAUGCUUCUGAAAGUAAAGAAAGAAAGAAUUCCCAUGUCAAGGUAUUCACUAAGGAGAUGGUGGGAGUACUCGAACUGUUGCAGUAUGCAGAUAAAUGGGAUAUUAUCCUCAUGGUAAUAGGAAUUGUGUGUGCUGUUGGAAAUGGAGCAGGGAUUCCCCUCAACACUGUUGUAUUUGGACAUGCGGCAGAAGGUUUGGUCGUCAGUGGAAAUAACGUAAAUGCUUCAAGUAACAUUUCUGGUUGUUCAUCAGGCUUUGACGCUGAAACACCCAGAUUUACCAAUAAUUUUCUUAUAAUUGGUUUUGCCUCGUUCAUCUUCAGUUUUUUACAAAUGUGGACAUUUCUAAUCUCUGCAACAAGACAGACUAUGAGGAUUCGGCAAAUGUGUUUCAGUUCUAUCCUUCAUCAGGAAAUGGCUUGGUUUGAUUCAUAUCAGAUUGGGACUCUGAACAGUAGACUAACAGAGGACAUUAAUACCAUAUAUGAAGGACUAUCCAUUAAAUGGGGCAUAUGUGUGCAAUCUAUUUCAUCUGCUAUAUUUGGCAUUUCUAUAGGAUUUGUCCUAGGCUGGAAACUGGCACUAGUGAUCUUAGCAUCUGGUCUAAUAAUCAGUUUUUUAAUAUCACUAUGGAUUAAGCUUUCUUCAGUAUUUACAAUUAAAGAGUUAAAAGCCUAUGGGAUGGCGGAUGCAGUUGCAGAAGAAAUCUUGACAGCAAUAAGAACAGUCGCUUCAUUUAAUGGACAAGAAAAAGCGAUGGAAAAGUACAACACCAAUUUAAUAGAUGCAAAAGCUGCUGGAAUAAAGAAGUCUAUCAUUUCGAACGUGAUAAUUGGAGUAUCAGAGCUUAUGAUAUUUGGAGUCUAUGGCUUGGCACUGUGGUAUGGAACACAUUUGCUGGACACAGAGCCUAAAAAUUACAGGAUUAGUAAUGUUUUAACUGUCUUCUUUUCGGUGCUGACUGGCACAGUCUCAUUUGGAAAUGUGUUUCCGUGCAUAGAAAGUAUCAGCAAUGCAAGAGCAGCAGCCUAUGAGAUAUACAGGAUCAUAAACAAGCCUCGCCACAUUGAUAGUGGAUCUAUUGAAGGAUACAAGCCAGACAAGUUGGUGGGAAAUAUUGAAUUUAAAAAUAUUCAUUUUGCUUAUCCUAGCCGCCCAGAUGUACAGGUUCUAAAGGGUCUAAACCUGAAAGUACCGGCUGGUAAGACUAUAGCCCUGGUUGGCAUGAGUGGCUGCGGGAAGAGCACAACCAUACAGUUGCUACAGAGGUUUUACGAUACCUAUGAUAUCACAGAAGGGGAGAUUAUGCUGGAUGGACAUGAUAUCCGCUCCCUCAAUGUCAAGUGGCUAAGAGAUAAUAUUGGUCUGGUAGGUCAGGAACCUGUCCUGUUUGCAACAACCAUAAAGGAAAACAUUUGCUUCGGUAGAGAUGGAGUAACUGAUACAGAGAUUGAGCAAGCAGCCAGAGAAGCCAAUGCCUACGACUUCAUAUCUAAACUCCCAGAACAAUUUAACACAAUGGUAGGUGAGAGAGGAGCUCAGCUGAGCGGAGGUCAGAAACAGAGAAUAGCAAUUGCACGAGCUCUUGUCCGAGAUCCAAAAAUAUUGCUCCUAGAUGAGGCCACAUCAGCACUGGACACCCAGAGUGAAUCUAUAGUGCAAGCUGCACUGGAUAAGGCUAGAGCUGGUCGGACCACCAUUGUGAUAGCGCAUCGAUUGUCUACUAUCAGGACAGCUGAUACCAUUGCUGUUUUCCAUGGUGGGGUUGUAGUGGAACAAGGAACACACAGUGAGCUAAUGGAAAAAGAAGGGGUCUACCAUUCCCUUGUCAUGCUUCAGAACCAAGGCAAAGACAGUGAUACAGAGAAUCAAAGUACAGACAAUUCAUAUAAAUAUGAAAAUUCUGGACUGUAUGACAUGGGUGAAAAACAAGACAAAGAAGACAAAUGGCCGACUUUACAAGAUGUUGAGAACAUGCUGGAGCCCAUUAAAAAUGGACGAUUACGAAAAGGUUCAACUAGAAAGGAAAAUAAAGAGGAGCUUAUUGAAAUGAAACCCAGGAACACAAAUACUGGAAUUCUACAUGAGGAGGGUCAGAGGCGUUCUGUUACUUCUCUACGAAGAAUUCUACAGUUAAACAAACCAGAGUGGAUAUUCAUUGUGACUGGAAUGCUAGCUGCUGCAGUAACAGGGUGCAUACCUCCGUUAUUUGCAGCUGAUUUUUCAAACAUCAUUGCUACAUUUGGUGAAAGAGACCCGAUCCAAAAGGUUCAAAAGAUUAAUCAAGCAUUACUGACAUUUGUAGUCCUGGGAUUUUCCAUUUGUAUAGGGAAUGUGAUCAUGGGUUUCAUGUUUGGAAAGUCGGGUGAAAAUCUAACAAUGAGGCUGAAAUCCUUGUCAUUUAAAGCAUUGCUCCGACAGGACAUGGCCUAUUUUGAUGACAAACAAAAUGCUGUGGGUGCCCUUCUUGCAAGACUUACAAUAGAUACUUCUCAAAUUAAAGGGCUUACUGGACACCGACUGGGAGUUCUGACAAUGACUGUGACAACUUUGCUUGCUAUAAUCGGCAUUUCGUUUGCAUAUGGCUGGCAGCUGGCCUUACUUAUCUUGGCAUUUGUUCCCAUUCUCGCCGGAGCCCUGCUGAUUGAAGCGAUGAUUAUGGAGAAUCAGGCAUUCAAAAACCAAAAGGCCCUGGAGGAAGCUGGAAAGAUAUCAACAGAAGUUGUUGAAAAUAUCAGGACAGUAGUGUCAUUGACCAAAGAAGAUGUUUUUUAUGAAAAAUAUAAUGCCAGCUUAACAGGAUCAUACAGGAAUGCAUUAAAGAUCGCACCUAUUUAUGGAUUGGCAUGCGCUAUAGCAGAAAGUUUGCAAUUCAUUAUAUGUGCACCGGUGUUUAGCCUCGGAGGAUGGCUUGUUGCACAUUGCUAUAUAUAUAUUGAAAAUGUUUUCCUAACAUUUUUCAUGAUUACAUUUACGGCUCGCAAAGUGGCGCAUCCAGAUUCCUUCACAUUAAAUUUAGGAGCUGCAAAAUUUUCAGCUGAACGCAUUUUUAAACUGGUGGAUAGAAUUCCAGCUAUUGACAUCCACAGUGAAGAAGGACAAACUUUGAAACAAAUGGAGGGAAAUCUGGAGUUUAAAAACAUCCAAUUUGUUUAUCCAACAAGACCCAAUGUUCAGAUUCUUCAGGGACUGGACUUGAAAGUUUCUAAAGGCCAGACUCUCGCACUGGUUGGAAGCAGCGGCUGUGGAAAAAGUACAGUGGUUCAGCUUUUGGAGCGUUUUUAUGACGCUGAAGAAGGACAAGUGCUUGCUGAUGGGAUCAACAUCACGUCUUUACAUCUGAAGUGGCUCAGGUCGCAGAUCGGCAUUGUGUCACAGGAACCAAUCCUUUUUGACUGCAGCAUCAAAGAGAACAUUCAAUAUGGAGACAACAGUAGACUUGUUCCAGAGGAAGAAGUCAUAGAGGCAGCGAAAGCAGCCAAUAUCCACACAUUCAUUAUGAACUUGCCAGAAGGAUAUAACACUCGUGUUGGAGAUAAGGGAGCUCAGCUUUCAGGUGGACAAAAACAAAGGAUCGCCAUUGCACGCGCUCUUGUACGGAAGCCAAAAGUGUUACUCCUGGAUGAAGCCACUUCUGCUCUAGAUACCGAAAGUGAAAAGAUUGUGCAGCAAGCUCUGGACAGUGCCAGGCAAGGACGGACAUGCAUAGUGAUUGCUCAUCGAUUAAGCACCAUACAGAACGCUGACAUUAUCGCAGUGAUUAAGAACGGGAAAGUGGUGGAAUACGGCACUCAUAACCAGCUAUUGGCUAACCAAGCUGAUUACUAUGCUCUUGUGAACGCACAUGACAAUUAGGCCUUAUACACAUGGCAAAGCCUUACACUAAUACCUUAAAGGUCUAUAUUACAGACCUUCUAGGUACUCAAUGUGCCUCUGUGAGGUGGUGCAUUCUCCGGUUAAGCAAACAUUCCAUGGAAGAAUAUAGCUAUAUAAAUCAUUGUGGAAAAAACACUCCGGGAAAGAUUUAUCAUCUCCCUUGUGCCUGCGUUUCAUCAUGUUUGGUGCAUCCUCCAGCAGUGCAGGGGAUAUCAAAAUGGGAGAAAAAGCGAUGGUCUUGAUAAAUCUGCCCCGUGUGUAUUAAAUAGAGGCACACAAAUAGCCUCAGAUAUACAGGAUAGGCUCACAGAUUUCUUGAGGUGCUAUAUUACUGUUCUAUACUACUCUGGCCUGUAAUACUUUUUGUGUAUGUUGUCUAACUGAAAUUUUAUAGA